CGUCCGGGAAAUUGUGUUCAUUGGCAAGCAAGGACCACCGUGGAUCUCGUGCACGUUAUUGCUUACGCGAUUAAAACGAUAAGAAUAUUCUCAGUUCAUGUGUAACACUUUCAUAGCCGAUUGACCAUUAUUGUUAGCUUUAUGAUUUUACAGUUUCUUUAAUGCUUUCUGAAAAAUCUUCUCAAUUAUGGACAAACAUGCGUGAUUUAGGACUUUAUUAAUUACGCAGUGUAAAAACUUGGACUUGUAUUAUUUCAAAACAUUUAACAAAAAGUGAGUUUAACUAAAACAAAAAUAAACAGGAUUUAGGUGCAUCUUUAUUCUUGACAAGAAAAGCGGAAUACAUCAGUAAAGAGGUAUCUGGAAGUGGACUAUAGGAGGACAAAUCUAUCAGAAGAAGAGGUUUUUAAAAACAGACAAGCCUAAUGACAAUGUCAUCACUGGAAGAUAAACAAUUAUCCUCAACAAAGGAGGAGGAUUCAUCUAGCGGCGAGAACGGAGGAUCAAACAGUCUAAGCAAGAAAGCAAGAUCCAAACGAGGUCACAGCGGAAUCAAUCAAUUAGGAGGAAUGUUUGUAAACGGACGCCCUCUACCGGACUCAACAAGACAAAGAAUAGUAGAGUUAGCACACAGCGGUGCCAGACCAUGUGACAUAUCUAGAAUUUUACAAGUAUCCAAUGGAUGUGUUAGUAAAAUUCUUGGACGCUAUUAUGAAACCGGUUCUAUAAGACCACGUGCAAUAGGUGGCAGUAAACCACGUGUUGCUACCGGAGACGUUUGUAGACACGUGGCGCAAUACAAAAGGGAGUGUCCCUCUAUAUUUGCAUGGGAAAUACGAGAUCGACUGCUCGCGGAUGGUGUCUGUAAUCAAGAAAAUAUUCCAAGUGUGUCUUCUAUAAAUAGAGUAUUACGUAAUCUCGCUACGGAAAACCAAAAGGUAAUAGGUCAAGGCAGCAUGUACGACAAACUAGGUCUUCUCAAUGGUCAAGCAUGGGCAAGGCCCAAUCCGUGGUACCCUAACAUGGGCAUGCACAGUAUUGGGACAAGUUCUUAUCAUCAACCACCAACAAGUCAUCUUGAUACAGAAAAGAAACAUAAUGACGGAAACUCCAGUUCCGACAGUAAUCAUAGUGAUGGUGCCAAGGGGUCGGAAAAUGAUGAACAAAUGCGCAUGCGCCUGAAGAGAAAAUUACAGAGAAACAGAACAUCGUUUACAGCAUCGCAAAUAGAAGCUCUAGAAAAAGAAUUUGAGCGAACGCAUUAUCCUGACGUGUUUGCGAGAGAACGGCUAGCGCAGAAAAUAGACCUUCCAGAAGCUAGAAUACAAGUUUGGUUUUCAAAUCGUCGAGCAAAAUGGCGUCGGGAGGAGAAACUACGAAACCAACGGAGAGAUCCUGGAAAUGGAUCAUCACGUAUUCAUCCGCUAAACACCGGUUUUCCAAAUAGCAUGUAUCCAUCUUUACAGACAAUUUCACAAAUGGGUUCACCAGAUCAAUAUAGUGCAAUGCCAAGUGUGCAGAACUACUCCCUGAACAACAAUAUGCCAUCGAAUCCGUCAUGUCUUCAGUCCUCUAGUUCUCCAUAUUCAUGUAUGAUUCCAGAUUACUCAGGAAGAAGUUAUGAUCCCCUUUCUCUCAGUGCCUACUCGAGAUCUUCGUGCAGCGCUGUAGCAGCGGCCAGUAGUAUUCCAAGUCAUGUGACCCAUAAUACGCAUAAUGGUGCGUCUCCUACUGGUUUGAUCUCACCUGGUGUAUCAGUUCCGGUUCAAAUACCUGGUGGAGGUCACCAAGACAUGGGCGUACAUCACAUGACAUCAAUGACGUCACAAUAUUGGCCGCGUAUACAAUGAUAGUAGGUCCAAUGUGGCGGACCGGACUACUAAAACAAACAUUUUAAUUAUCACCUUAGAAACGAGAAUAAGAAAAUGCAAAAGGUGGCAACAGCAAUACGCGAGAAACACGUGAUAUGUAACUAUAGUGCUAGACAAUUAAGGUCUGUGUGGCCGAGUUCGACAAGCACAGAAUUGGACCAAAGUGUUAUGACUGUAGGAGAACAUUUUUAUGAAGUCAGAAUCAGUCAGUUAUAGAUUUCUAUAAAUGAAAACAAUAUACACAACUGGAAUCAUCACAGACACUGCGGUAAGGUGUUACAUGAGAUUAUGAAUCGUUUGAAUAAUUGAUUAUGUUCAAUAUUUUUAUUGAUAUUAAUCGUAAAAGAUAGGCAUAAAAAUUGGGCUUUGUAACACAGAAUAUAUAUAAAUUAUUCAUCGACAUUUCUAGAUUGCUUAUGAAAGCAAUUCAUAAAUUUUUCGUUAUUAGUAUUAUUCGGGAAAGCACAUCAGUUAGUUAUGAUCAAUGAAAUCCAUAUUAGUACAUUACAUACGAAAAAAAAAAAUUAAACUGCAUUGGUAAAAAAAGAAAUUAAUUUCUAUUAAAUAUUCUAUAUGAACUUACGGUUGUUUGUUGGAAUGAAUUUGUACACCAUGUAGAAGGUUUUUGUAGUGGAGUAUAUAAGUAUAAGAGACCGAAAAAAUAUGCUUGAUAAAAUAUAUACAGUAUAGACAUAUUAUACAGAAACUAAUAGUUUAUUGAUAUUUUCCUUGAUUAUAUUUAAUUAACUGUCCAAAGAUAUUUUUCUCCAUUUAAACAGAUUUUCAUGGUGUUCUGUGAAAUUAAUGUUGAUUUCUUAUUUCAAAAAUAAGCUUAGAAAAUUUGUCCUUUUGGAAAAAAAAUUCAAGCAUGUCAAUAUUUAGUUAUACGUAAUUCUCAGGUAAAUCACUCAUUUGUUGUACUUAAUUAACAACUUAUCUUAAUUAAUUACGAAUUUGAUGCGCAACGUUUAUUCAAUGUUUUUGCAAACAUUUUGCGAUAUAAUUCCAUAUAUCAUUUUUUAAGUAUCUAGUUGAAUUUUUGUUACCCAAUGUAUCUAGUCUUUCGAAAACACAGAAAACAGGGUAAAAGAAGAGUAUAUGAAAACAUAAACUUGUAAAUGUUUCAGUUUAUAUAUUAUCGUCUAUUGUAAAAUUAAAAAUAGAGUUUCAAAAAAAAAUAAGGUAUAACAAUUUUCUCGUUUUGCUUUCACGACGUGGUUUAAAUUUGUUUAAUUGUUUGGCCAGUAUAAAUCUUUGGGAUACUUUCAAAUAUAUGUGCAAUGAAGAAGUGUCAAUAUUCUAAAUGCUGUAUAAGUCGUACAUAAAUGAAUCCAAAAGAUCCUUGUUAUUUUCAGUCACAUAAAUGCUUUUCUGGUUGCUCCCAGUUAUAAGUCUCCUUUUUGCUAAAGUAAUUUUGAAAAAAAGACACGUUUUUAAUUUAAAAUGAUAAGUUUAAAACUUUUUAUUAAUUUCCCUGUAUUUACAGUGAUUGCUCUACACUAGGUAAUCUUGCAUUUUCAUGAGGCGUUGAUCAUUCUGCGCUAAAUUAUUUAUUACGCAAAAAUAGAAAAAAGGAAGCAUAAAAUAAAUUAAACAUAUCAGAUGAUAAUUUAGCCUAAAGUUUCAUAUUCUAGCAUCACAAGCUUUUGGAUGAAAUUUAAACCUCCAUUGAUUUGAAGGUCUUACACUUCUAGAAAUAAUAAUAAUAAAUAAAUAAAAAGAAAAUAUUUCAGUUCUCAUAGUUUGCUUCUAUUGCCUAAACGACACAUUCUUCGGACAUUUUUUCUAGUUUCAGCUGAUUCAAAAAUUAGUUGACUCAAAUUAUCAGAAUGCCACAUGUGUACGAAAUAAUUUUUAAAAAAAGACUGAAAUAUAUUUGAUGUACUCAAUAUUGUGUUCUUUUCAUGUGUAAAUGGAUUUCGAAUAUUUUUUUCGAUUAAUUGCUUCUCUGUUUUACACAUUCACAUUUCUUCAUAUGGCAUAUAUAACUCUUCUUUUAAAUAUAUUAUAUUAUUAUCAUAUUUUUGCAUUGUUAUAAUGUGAUUGUUAAGCUAUGUAUGUAUAUUGUAUGUUAGUAUUUCUUCGGCUAAAAAUAACAAUUGGUUUCUCAGAGUCCUCUUUGGCAAUAGGUGACAGGGUCUUUUAUCGGGAUGGUUGUUCUGGUCCUAAGCAAACUAGUCAAAAUGCUGACCACUGUUUUUGUGUGUAACAAAUUAUAUCAGCUAAGUUAUAUUUCGUUGUUGCGAACUAUCAGUUUUGUUUUGAAAAAAAAUAUUAAAAAGGAAAAAGGAAAAACGAUACUUAGUAAAAAAAUGAAUACCAUGAAGCACGCUGGCAUUAAAAACUUAUAGAAAGUCAAAAGAAAAUGUAAUGUCUAUUGAAUUGAGCAGUCACAAAGCACGAGGACUUGAGAAACUGAUGAUUAUUUUAAGCCAUAUUUUUAAGAAGACUGUCUAACAGUCUUUUAGCAGUUUCUCUUCAAUAUGUAAACACUGGAGAAUAAAUUUCUAAAAUUUACAA